AUGGCUGACGCCGGCUAUACCAAUGGCCCAGGCAACACGCCCCUGGCUGAGGUCAAGAAGCCCAAGAAGAAGAAGGUCCUACUCAUGGGAAAGAGUGGCUCGGGAAAGUCGAGCAUGCGAAGCAUCAUCUUCAGCAACUACAUUGCCCGUGAUACCCGGAGACUCGGCGCAACAAUAGACAUCGACCUCUCCCACGUCAAAUUCCUCGGAAACCUCACCCUCAACCUCUGGGACUGCGGCGGCCAAGAGGCCUUUAUGGAAAACUACCUCUCCCAGCAGCGCGUCCAUGUCUUCUCCAACGUCGGCGUCCUCAUCUACGUCUUCGAUAUUGAGUCCCGCGACAUUGACCGCGACCUUGCAACCUACGUUUCUAUCAUCUCCGCCCUCCUCCAAUUCUCCCCGGGCGCCAAGAUCUACGUCCUCAUCCACAAGAUGGACCUCGUCGUCCCCGCCCACCGUGAAUCCGUCUACGACGACCGCGUUCGCGUCGUCCGCCAGCGCACCGCAGAGUACGCAAACAGCAUCGGCUACCUCCACCAGCAGCAUCCAGACGCCGCCGACGACCCCACCAGCCCCUCGACCGCGCCCCCCGCCGGCGGUUUCGACAUCACUCCCUUCGCCACCAGCAUCUGGGACCAGAGCCUCUACAAGGCCUGGGCGAGCAUCAUCCACGACCUCGUCCCCAACCUGGCCACGAUCGAACGCAACCUCGCCAAUCUCGGCGUCGCCAUCGAGGCAGAGGAGCUCCUUCUCUUCGAGCGCACCUCCUUCCUCGCCGUCUCCUCCUGGACCUCGGAAGAAGGCCAGCGGAACCCCACCGAGGACAGGCUGGAGCGCAUGUCCAACAUCAUGAAGCACUUCAAGCAGACCAUCAGCCGCUUCACCGGCACCCCGCGCAACGCAGAGCAAUUUGUGCGCAUGGAGCAUAAAGCCGGCACGCGCUUCAACCUCUUCAUCCUCAAGUUCACGACGAAUACCUACCUGAUGGUCAUUCUGCCACCCGGCGAGGCUAGGUUCAACGCCGCCAUGCUCAACUGCCAGAUCGCGAUUGAGCAUUUCAAAUUCCUAGACGGUCCGGCUACCAUGAUCCCGCAAGGCGGCGGCAGUACAGCAUGA